AUGUCACAAAUCUUGCAACCGGCCGAGGAGGUUGGCAGACUGAUCAACCUCGUCCCCGUUGCCCUGAAAGAAGCUGCACUCGACUCUCCAUCUGCUCGCGCGUCGGUAGUGCACUAUGGAGAGCAGGUCGAGCUGCUCGAGAGGUGGCUGGAUGACUACAUGAAGGCUACGAAUCGACUUGUUGCGGAAUCAACCACCCUGGAGAAUGUCCUCGACAGCUUUAUCUCUCAUUCUCUCCUGCCCACGACGAUAUCGGAAUCAAUGCUGGACCACGACUAUGUUACCUUGGCUAUGAAGAGAUAUGGAGACGGUGCCAAAGACUACUGGAUGAGCAUGAUAGCUGUCGUGAAGAGGCUGACGACAAUGGUGGUCGAACCCAUCAAGUCCUUCCUAUACAACGAUCUCCGGGCUUUCAAGGAUGCUCGUCGCGCCGUGGAAUCCUCGCAGAAGACACUCGAUCACCUCCAAGCGAAAUAUGCGGGGCUUGGGAAAUCCAAGGAAGCGUCAUCUCUGAGAGAGGAUGCAUUCCAGCUGCAUGAGGCGAGAAAGACGUACAUCAAGGCAAUGAUGGAUUUCUUCAGCGUAGCGCCGCAGUUUCGCUUCGCACUGGAUCGCAUGCUGGUGAAAGUAUUCCUCGACCAAUGGCGUGAGAUGAAGGUUUCCAGGGAUAACACAGCAGCAACAUUUCAGCGGAACUCGGACGAAAUGCAAAGGAUAAGAGGAUGGAUGAACGAGAUGGAGGCAAGUGAGAGAAUGUUCCGAAAGGAGCUCUUAGCGGCCAAGAAGAAGCUGGAAGAGGCCGCCGAGCUGAAUGCUCGUCCAUCCCGAGAACUCGAAGACUACAGCAUGUCGACAGUGCCUCAAUUUCCAGGUCAUGCUCAUACUGCCAGCGCCUCCACCUUGCAGCAGUCCCCGAAGAGAAACCCCCACCAGACUGGGGAAAAACAAGGCUGGCUAUAUUUGCGGACCUACAGUGGCAAACCGACAAGGACUAUCUGGGUCAAGAGAUGGGCGUUCAUCCGCAAUGGUGUCUUUGGGUGGUUGGUGCAGGGUGCCCGAGCAGGAGUUGAGGAGAGUGAGCGCAUUGGCGUCUUACUCUGCAACGUUCGGCCAGCACCGGCCGAAGAACGUCGGUUCUGCUUCGAAGUCAAGACGAAUAAAAACACCAUUUUGUUGCAGGCCGAGACUCAAUCAGAACUAGUGGACUGGAUCCGCGCCUUUGAGGCGGCGAAGUCGAGAGCCCUGGACGAUGCAGACGCUCUCAAAAACAUCCCUGGCACAGGCAAUCUUCAAACUGGUGCCGCCUUCGCGAUAUCUGCGCCUCCGGUGCCGGAGUUUGGGACAUCCAUUCUAGGAUCAACAGAACCAGGUGCGGGUGGCGACGAAGGUGCAGCGCUCGAGAAGUCGAAUACUCUGCCCAUCCCGGGGGCGGAACACCUUCGGGAAAGCAGCAUAGAUCUGCCUAGGAAGUCGACUGCUAUGGACGAGGGAGGUCAUCGUGAGACUGCUUCUCGCAUCAUAUCGAAGUUGGACUUGCACCGAAAGAGCGCAGCAUCACCGCAGGUUUCUGCCAGCCCAUCGACCCCAAAUCUGGCUGGUGGCGGCAUCGCAAGUCUGAUUGCUGCCAGUCACGGAUCCAUGCCUGUUGGCCCGAGCAUACCCAUGGUCGCCAAUCCUGAGGGAGAUGGUUCAAAGCUACGAAACACGUUCAUGCUGGCACUCCGAGAUAUGCCUCCCAGCACUCUUGCGCCAUCCACUUUGGCUUCAGUGCCGUCGCCUACGAAUUUGAGCAGGUCCGCCGUAGUCAUUACAGGCGAACGAGGUCUAAGCCCUGCCCCUGAUAAGACAGGCAUCCCGACGAGUCUUUUGUCCAAUGUGUGGGGUACGAACAAUACUGCGGUGGUCAACCGGUUAGAACGCGUCGAACCGAAGAUGCCUCCGCAUGCAAUGCUGGGGACACAAAUAAGCCCUGUGCUGAAGCCUUCCUCGUCGCCGCCAAAAACAUCCACAUCGCCAUCACGCACCAACGCCAUGUCUUAUUCUGCUAUCCCGCAACUUGACCUGGGUAUUCCUUCCCCCAGCACUCGAAGCCGCACUCCGUCACCGAGUAAGAGAGGGCACAGGAAUACAAUUAGUGUCGAUCGUGAUUCAUUCAACCAGUUCAGAAGCGAGCUGCUCGUGCCGGACUUUCCCAAUUACUAUCCGCUCCAGCUCAAAACGCAGGACGCACAAUUCAGGCUUCUAUUCCCCAACGUGCGACACGACGAGCGCUUGGUCAUGGUAUUUAGGGCGACAUGGAAUCCCAGCGACCAACAAGACUUCCCCGGCCGCGUAUAUGUGACUCCGAGAGACAUAUACUUCUACAGCAACCAUCUUGGCCUUGUUCUGACGACCAGUGUUUCUCUAGCGUCCAUCGAUGAAGCCACUGCAGCACCUGGGAGAGACUGCGACUUUAUCUUCUUGCAUCUGAAAGAUCUUGGGAGCGAUGGAACUGCCCGGCGGAUCACCAUCAAGACCUUCCUCGACCCACUAAGACUUCUGCAGCGACGGUUGAACUUUCUCAUCAGAAACAGUGUUUUUGACGAAUCUGCUGGACUAGAAGACAUCAUCAAGAGAUUACUGAAGAUGGAGAAUGAAUCAGUUGAACGCAGUCCAAGUCUCGAAAGCUGGGAAGAUGUCUCUCCAAACACGCCAGUCGACGUGGGUGGCCCCAGGUAUCGUGGUAGAGCCUCGACUAUUGGGACCGAACUGAAAGGGCCCUUACGUGUCGACCGAGCACUUCAUCAGACCCCACUGGGUCUCAGAGAGUCCAAGUUCAAGCUGCCAGCACAUCCGGUCAAAUAUGUUCCUCCUGGGAACCUCCGGCUUGCGGAAGAAAGAGAAUUCGACAUCAGCGCGAAGGCUCUAUUCCAUGUCAUGUUCGGAGAUAAGAGUGCGCUCUGGCAGUUGCUACAACAUGAACGUCGCGCGAAAAAUCUCUGCCAGGGACCGUGGCUAAGCAUGGGAGAAGGCCGACUACGACGAGAGUUCGCCUUUGACAUUCCCACCACGAACCUCUUUGGCCAGGAAUCGUACACCCAGGCCCGAGACUACCAGGUGGUAGAUGUGAACAACGACCAUUUGUGCUACGUCGUCACGGACAAACGCACUCCAUGGCAUCUACCAUUCCGGGACCGACAACGACUGGUGAGCAAGAUUGUCAUCACGCACGUGGCCAAAGCCAGAUGCAAGCUUGCCGUGUUUGUCAAGGUGGAAUGGUUGCACGCACCGUGGAUGUUUGGACCGACGAUCGAGCAUCAAGCCCUGCAUGAUCUGGAACUCGAUUCGCGCGAUCUGAUAGACCUCGUGGCCGAUCAAGUUAGGAAACUUGGGGCACACAGCCGCACGAAAAAGGCAGUUCAGAUAUUCGGGCAAGUCGGUCAUUCGACAGAGACGACACAACUGCUUUUAGACACGGCGGCGUUGAACAUCGAGCUGAAACGACAGCCGGCCAAGAAGACGAUUGCCGGCCUGUUGGCACAAACGGCCGUGUCUGCAGCUGAAAGUGCUGCGGGAACUAUUUUGGAGAGUCUUAUAGGUCUUGUCAGAUGGAUGGCUCGAUCGUUCUCCGCCAACAAGGUCAUUCUCGCUCUUCUGUUCUGGAGUGUCCUGUACAAUAGCUGGCACACGUACCGCGACUCGCUGGAUUGGUGGCACGAGCGCCGGGCCACCAAAUACAUGGCUCGUCUGGGCGUCUCGCCCGACGCUGUCAUGGGACGAGCAGUCUAUGCCAGCGACCUGGAUCAGGUUCUGCACCAGGCCGCCGAUCUUCCUCUACGUGACUCCAGUCCGUGCUACAGUGUGUUUUAUGACGAACACGAUCCCGAAAACAUCGACGUGACCAGAUCUGGAUCCGGACAUGGCAACAAGCACGACGCUCUGCAGGUUCAAUCUGCCCGUCAACGGCUGGGGAUGUACAGACAUGAUUUGCUCGUCGGUAUGCGCGUGGUCAAUUCCGUCGAGAAGGAAUUGAUGCAAGCCGCCUGGGAGCAGUGGGUCGUGGAUGAGGACCGUCGAUGUCGUGUCGUCCAAGGUCUUGUUCGGGACGGUUCAGAUUCGACUUCGGCUUUGGACGCCGCUAAUUCAACUGGCAUGACUCAGGAUCUGAAGGGCUGGUACGACGAGUACUGCACCAGCUGUCGUAACGAGUAUACGAAGAUACACACUUGA